UUGUCCUCAGGUGUUGGAGUUUGUUAUAAGUGGUGGGUUCUCUGUGGACGGUUGGGAAAAGACUUGGUGUGAGGAACUGGGAAGGGACUUCCAGGUUAAAGCCCGGCGACAAGAUGGACGUUCUGAAAUCAGAGAUCCUCCGGAAGCGGCAGCUGGUGGAGGAUAGGAAUCUGUUGGUGGAAAAUAAAAAGUAUUUCAAACGUAGUGAACUUGCAAAAAAAGAAGAGGAAGCUUAUUUUGAAAGAUGUGGCUAUAAGCCUAUAAAUGAGAAGCCAUCUGGAGAGAUACAGCCAAAAGAAGAGGACCAAAAACCAUUAACUUCAUCAAAUCCAGUGUUGGAACUUGAACUUGCAGAGGAAAAAUUACCCAUGACUCUUUCCAGGCAAGAGGUUAUCAGAAGAUUGAGAGAAAGAGGAGAACCAAUUAGAUUAUUUGGGGAAACUGAUUAUGAUGCUUUUCAACGGUUAAGAAAAAUAGAAAUCCUCACACCAGAAGUUAAUAAGGGAUUGAGAAAUGAUCUGAAAGCCGCUUUGGAUAAGAUCGACCAACAGUACCUCAAUGAACUUGUAGGUGGUCAGGAACCUGGAGAGGAAGACACACAGAAUGAUUUGAAAGUUCAUGAAGAAAACACCACAAUUGAAGAGUUAGAGGCAUUAGGAGAAUCUUUAGGAAGAGGAGAUGAUCACAAAGACAUGGACAUCAUUACUAAGUUUCUUAAGUUUCUUCUUGGAGUUUGGGCUAAAGAAUUGAAUGCCAGAGAAGAUUAUGUGAAGCGUAGUGUUCAGGGUAAGCUCAACAGUGCUACUCAGAAGCAGACUGAGUCCUAUCUCAGACCCCUCUUCAGAAAGCUGCGGAAAAGGAAUCUCCCUGCUGAUAUUAAAGAAUCAAUAACAGAUAUUAUUAAAUUCAUGUUGCAGAGAGAAUAUGUGAAGGCUAAUGAUGCUUAUCUUCAGAUGGCCAUUGGAAAUGCUCCUUGGCCGAUUGGUGUCACUAUGGUUGGUAUCCAUGCCAGAACUGGUAGGGAAAAGAUUUUUUCCAAGCAUGUUGCACAUGUUUUGAAUGAUGAGACACAGCGGAAAUACAUACAGGGAUUGAAAAGAUUAAUGACCAUUUGCCAGAAGCACUUUCCAACGGAUCCAUCAAAAUGUGUGGAAUACAAUGCACUAUAAGAUCCAUGUAUGAUGUGUAAAUAACAAUAAGAAACUUAUGGGAGCUUGGUACAGACUUCUGGAAUUACCAAAACAAAUGAAGGAAGAAGAAAAUGGAAUUUCUAGUUUCUGAGUUCUACCUAAUGCAACUCUUGGUUUCGAGAACUGUGUGGGCUCUUGUGUCAUAUUUGACUGUAAAUUGAUUUUUGUGUCUUUUAUUUUAAAUAGCCAAAAAUUAAAUUCUAAAGACCUUUCCCAAUAAUUUAAAUGUGUGGAUAGGUCACAGAUGGGAGUUUGAAAUUACUUUUUUUCUAGAUCUGAAAGUUACUGUGAUUAGACGAUUUAAAGGAACACUUGAGCUUGGACUUCACACAUUGUCUUUUAUGUAGUAUUUAUAGAAAAUAUUUUUAUAUAUUUCCAAAAAUGGGACCCACUUAAUGAAGCUUUAUAGUCCUUAAAUCUUGCUGAACUUUUGCUAUCUUGCAAUAGAAUUUGAACGUAAAUGUUAUUACUGUAAAGUUUUGUUUUUUUUUGGCAUUUCAUAGGU